UAAGACCGACAUCGUGUACAAAGCAGGAUGGCUCAAAGGUCUGUGUGUUCAAGUGGAUAACUUGCCAAGUGAGCAGAGAAGAGUGCAAAUUACACACCUUACUACUGCUGACAGGCGGCACGGAUCGGGCAGUGCCGGUGUUGGGCUGAAUUCGGGCUCCCCCGGCCGAAUCCGGCUCCCCUUCGCGUGCACGCGCGUCACACAGGCUACAGAUGACACCUGGGAUUUCGGUAUAUAUAUACAUAUAUACAUCUAUAUAUAACGGCUACUCUUUAAUGAUCCCUCACAGCAAACAGCACAGCAGGACCUGAAGCCAAACAAGGAGUCAAAGUGUAUUAAAAGGAUGAUUCAGACCCUGAAAAGUGUGAGACACUUGGCCACAGCAGCUAUGAACUAUAGAGUGUCAGAGUUUCGUGUGCCUGUUCCAUGGGGAGAGAUAAGGGGCAGGAUUUGGGGUCCAGAAAAUGGGCGGCCAGUGCUGUGUAUGCAUGGCUGGUCAGACAACAGUGGCUCUUUCAACAGCCUGAUUCCACUGCUGCCCAGCGAUUGGAGAUGUUUGGCCAUAGAUUUGCCUGGUCAUGGCUUCUCGUCUCAUAGACCUGCAGGUGUUUUCUACGGCUUUCCUUAUUAUGUUGCAGACGUGAGACGAGUCAUAGAAGCUGUUCAGUGGAAGCGCUUCUCUGCAAUAGGACACAGUAUGGGUGGAAGCAUAGCUGCAAUGUUCAGUGCAUUGUAUCCAGAGAUGGUGGAGGCUGUAGUGCUCCUGGACUCUUUUGGGUUUCUCCCAGCAUGCAAGAAAGAGAUCAACAACAUCAUAAGGAAAGGGAUGAAUGAAAUGAUUGAAUAUGAAAAAAAGAUGGGUGACAGGAAAGAAAGGAUCUACACAUAUGAGUCAGCCAAAGAAAGGCUGAAGGCAACAAAUCCAUUUCUUUCAGAUCAGUCUGCUCAGAGCCUUCUAGAACGAGGAGUUAAGCAGGUGGAUGGAGGAGUGGUGUUCAGCAGGGACAUCAGAAUCAAUUUAACUAACAUUGCACGAAUGGACUUGGAACAGUGUCUAGACUUGCAGGCACAGAUAAAAGCUAAAGUGCUUUUACUGAGGGCAAACCAGGGCUUGAUAAAGGUCUUUCCCCAACCUGAGGACUUAUUUGAACCCAUACAGAAGGGCUGGGAAGACAAAAGCACUAUUGUGACAGUCGAAGGAGACCAUCACAUCCACUUAAAUGACCCAGCGGUUGUGGCGCCAAUAAUCACUGACUUCCUGCAGUCUGUGACGCCUGAAGACACUGCCAAUCAAGCUGCCAAAUAAUGAAAUCUUCUCCACACGUUUUUGUAUGCAUGUUCAUAUCCAAAUCUGUGCUUUCUCACUAAUAAUAUAGAACUAAUUAAAUUAACAGGGUAAAGUAAGGUAACGUUGUUUUCAGUUGCAGUGUAAUGUAUGCUGUACACAGGGGUCAGACACCAGUCUUGGAGGGCCACAGCGCUGCUGAAUUUACACAACAGAUCCAACUCAUUAUAUAGUUAUGAGUUUAACUGGCUGUGUUGAAGAAUUUUUUUAAGGGAAGCUAAAUUCUUCUUGUUUUUUUCUAAAAUGAGAGUUUGAUGUGCUUUGAAAAAAAACUGUUCACUCUUUACAGUCCAUAUAAGGAAAUUAUACAACCCGUUUUGGAUUCAUCAGGGUUGUGAUGUCACAACCAUGUACAUAUGUUUAUUUGACCACCCAUCCAGCUUGGAGCAGCUUAGCCUAUGAAGUGAUAGUUACUGCAAACACUCUGUAGCAGCCUUAUUAAAGUGGAAGAUGUGGGAAAAUGAUUAAACGGUGUGCUACUCCUGUCUGUCAGGAAGAAAGUGUAUCAUCAUGCUCCCAAAGUAUCCAAACAUCAGAAAGGAGUGGCUGAAAUUAUUUUUCAGUUUUCAGUUUUAUUCAGUUGGGUCUCGGUUUGACAUUCAUGCCAUUCAGGGUAAACUGUAUGAUGACUGAUUUUGUAUUGGAGUCAGUACAUCACCUGUUCAGCUAAAUCCAUUGUUAUUUUUUUCAUACAGUGAUCUAAAAUAUGUUAUACGAACACUAUGCCUUAGUCUGAUUCUGUAGUAUGAUGGUGCUAUCAAUUAAAGAAUACAUAGACACUGUG